AGACACCAUUGGACGAAACACUUGCAUCAGUAGAUCCACGACACACCUGAUCUGUCGGUCACCACCACAUCCACACUGAUAUGCAGUCAUCGCCACAAGCAUUCAAUUGGUGUCUCAUGUGUCCGAACCAGCAAUAGUCCAAAUGGUUGUCCACUUCAACCCACUGUUGCUCCCAAUACUCGCAUCACUUCUAUGUCUCGAUGUCUUGGCCGACGAUCCGCCGCGAAUCAUAACAGCGCCCAAAGACCAGUUGGUAGUGUCCGGACGGGUGGCCACCUUCGUGUGCGCCGCCAUCGGGACGCCUAAGCCUCAGAUCGAGUGGAGGAAGAAUGGCAAACGACUCGUCACUCAGAGAUACACUGUUCUCGAGAUCCCCAACGGAUCUGUUCUUCGCAUAGAACCCGUCAGAGCUAAUCGAGACAACGCUACGUAUGAGUGUUUGGCAGAGAAUGGUGUCGGAGAACCCGUCAGAGCACAGGCUGUUCUCAAUGUCUUCUCCGACGAAGACAUCCCGAAAGGCUUCCCGCGGUUCUCACUGCAGCCUCACAUGCAGGGCGUGGAAAGGGGUCGCAACGCCCUAAUCCCGUGCAAGGCUGAGGGCGAUCCUGACCCACACAUCACGUGGUUUAAGGACAUGAUGCCAAUAGACAUGAGUAAUACGCGGUAUUCAUACUAUUCGGGCGCUUCCCUGCAGAUAGUGGGCGCUGAAGAGCAAGACCAGGGACAGUAUGAGUGCAUCGCUGAGAACCGGGUGGGAACGGCGUACUCGGAUUUGGCCACUCUGUACGUGAGGACUCGAGUGGUUCCGCCGUACUUCUCGAUCCCACCCGAAAAGCAAUACGAAGUAAUGCCCGGAAGUGCUCUGAACCUGACGUGUGUUGCCGUCGGCUCUCCCAUGCCUUACGUCAGUUGGAAGAGAGGUCUGACUGACUUGAAUACCGCCGAUAAUAUGCCGAUCGGCAAGAAUGUCCUCAAACUGGAGGACAUCAGAGAAAGUGCUAAUUACACCUGUAUCGCACACUCAAAGCUCGGAAACAUUGAGGCCUUAACACAGGUGUUGGUUCAGUCACUGCCGAGACCGCCAACCAAUGUUCGGAUAUCAGACGUAACGCCCACUUCAGUGCGUCUGUCGUGGUCUUACGAUAUCGGCGCCGAGAAUAUC